AUGGCGGCCAACCGUGUCUUUCAUUUUGCGGGGGAAUUAUUGCGCAGGGCGACAGGAGAUACGGAUCCGGAAGACAAUGCGCCGGAACCAGAGAAGAAGGAAUUUUUUAGCUCAUGGGCUCUUUUCAUUCUGAUUAUGCUCCUGAUCGGUGCGCUUUUUACAAGUUAUAUUCUUCAACAGAGGAAAAUACAGGCCGUUCAUGAGACGGUGUUAUCUAUCUUCGGCGGAAUGUUUGUCGGGUUGAUUAUACGAUUAACCCCUCCGUCGCCGAUUCAAGAUGUCGUCACAUUCGAUUAUCAGUUCUUUUUCAACUUGCUUUUGCCACCGAUUAUUUUGGCUUCGGGAUAUGAGUUACAUCAAGCAAACUUCUUCCGCAACAUUGGCACCAUUUUGACAUUCGCUUUCGCUGGUACUUUUAUUUCUGCUAUAGUGCUCGGCCUCAUUCUGUAUCUUUGGACGCGCAUUCCGCUAGACGGGCUGAAUAUCAGUCUUGUCGAAGCCAUCUCCGUCGGCGCAACUCUCUCCGCAACCGAUCCAGUGACGAUCCUUGCAAUUUUCAACCUCUACAAAGUGGAACCCAAACUAUAUACAGUGAUCUUUGGCGAGUCUAUACUCAAUGAUGCUGUCGCUAUUGUCUUGUUUGAGACUGCUCAGAAAUACGCCGAAGAUGAUGCGGCUAAACUUACCGUGCUUAACCUUUUUGAAGCCAUAGGGCUUUUCUUGUUGGUCUUCUUUGGUAGUAUGCUGGUCGGAAUUUGUGUUGGGAUUGGGACGGCUCUGCUCCUCAAGUAUACGCAUGUUCGACGGUUGCCGAAAAUUGAGAGCUGUCUUAUCGUCUUGAUUGCGUAUGCCAGCUACUUCUUUUCGAACGGAGUAUAUCUUUCCGGAAUUGUAUCGCUCUUAUUCUGCGGAAUUACUCUCAAACAUUAUGCUUAUUACAACAUGUCCAGAAGAACACAGCUCACCACCAAAUACCUAUUCCAGGUGAUGUCACAACUAAGUGAGAACUUCAUCUUCAUCUACUUAGGCCUCGAUCUCUUCGUGGAAUCAGAACUCCGGUUCAAACCACUUUUCAUCAUUGUUGCCGUCCUGGGAAUCUGCUUUGCGCGAUAUCUUUCAGUGUUCCCGCUAUCCAAGGCGGUUAAUUGGUUCAUUCGCUACCGCGCACGACGACGUGGAAAAGACGUGGCCGAUGAACUUCCAUUCUCAUAUCAGGCAAUGCUGUUCUGGGCCGGGUUACGUGGUGCAGUCGGUGUUGCGCUGGCAGCUGGCAUGUCAGGUCCUAACGCGCCUGCAUUGAGAGCGACGGUCCUGGUCGUUGUCGUGCUUACAGUCAUUAUUUUCGGAGGCACAACCGCCCGAAUGCUGGACAUACUCGGGAUCCGCACUGGAGUCGUUGAAGAAGUUGACUCGGACGAUGAGUUCGAUAUCGAGGUCACUCAUGGCGGAACGUACUAUAAGAGAGCAAAUAGUUCUGGGAUCGGGUACACCCCCCGCGCCACUGAUCGGACUAUCCCUCUAGAUACCGUCGUCGAUCGACCUGGUAUAUCUACUACGGAUAGUUAUUCAACUGGCAAUAACCGCCGUCCAAGUCCUCCAUCCCGUUCAAGGAGUUCGGCGCGGAAGACGAAGAAAUUCAGCUCUGCCGAUCGUGAUCAGUCCGCUACACAGGGACUUUUAGGAGUUGUCUCUGGCAAUCGUAGCGAAAGCGACAUUGGCAGUGAUGAAGACAUUACAGGCGGACACGGCGGGAAACAAGUGGCAAUCGACACAGAUCGGUUAGAUGAAUUCGACCUAGAUGUCGACGCUGUCUCAGACGAUGAUCUCCCUCCAGCGGCACCUUCGACCUCUCGACUCCGUCGAUCCCCAUCCCAGCUCCAAACCCGUUCAGUCAACGCAUCCACCGACGCUUCUCCUGCCAGACGCCCUACAGAGGGCAGUACAGCUACUCCUCGUGAGCCGAUAACAGCUCGCAAUGCGUUGCGUGAAUUGUUCUCUGGUGGUCCAACGGGUGAUCACGCGGAAUGGUUCCGACAACUGGAUGAGGACUUUAUUAAGCCUACCCUUCUCCUUGAUCAAUCGAAUCAUAAAGGACCGGGGGCGGUUUGA